AUGCUGGAUUCCGAAAAAAUUAGAAAAAAGACAACGGAUAAACAAAGAUACAAGGCCACCCUCAAGCAGAUACGAACUCCAUCCCAAGGCGAUAGUAUUGGAAAAGAAAUUACUAAUGCGUUUAGCGAGGUAAGAUUUUAAAAAAUGUUUUAUAAAAAAAGUUUCCGGGGAUAGACUCUUAUCGAAAUUUAUUUUGGGUUAUUUUUUAGAUCGAUACAUAAAAACAAAUUCAGCGUCAUCUCAUGACGCGUUCCAUUUCACCUUACAAUCGGAUCAAUUCGCCCACGCCCAACAAUCAGCCACAUUCAAAGUAGAAGAAAUCAUGAAGAAUUCAGAACGCUUUGAAAAUUACAUGACUACUAUGGCUAAUAAAUUGAAUUCAGGAGAAUCGUUUAAAUCCUCUUCUAAGUUUACCGCCGACCUUACCUUUAUUCGAAUGCCUAAAGGUGGUAAAAGUGGUAGACAAAAAGCUCUAUUGGGAAAGCGAUCCAUGGCAGAAGUUUUGAAAAAGAAACAUUCCGUGAUUCAAAUUACAAAUUCAGACGAAUUGUGUUGUGCAAGAGCCAUUUGUGUCGCAAAAGCAUGGAUCCAUAAAGAUGAGGGGGAUCGACAGAAAAUCGAUUACGAGAAUGCAAGAAAAUGUGAGACUGUUCGAUCACGAAUGGCCUAUCAACUCCAUGAAGAUGCGGGCGUACCUUUGGGGGCAUGCGGGCACCAAGAAUUGAAAAAAUUUCAAGACUUCCUAGCACCAGACUACCAAUUGAAAGUCAUGGCAACUUCCUACCCCUACAUGAUGGUAUUUGUAGGCCCAGAAGCACCGCAUAUUAUCCGCCUCUUGCUCCAGAAACACGAUGACUCUGAGACUGGUCACUAUGACACUUGCACAUCUUACGCUGGUUUUCUAGAACGAUCCUAUUUUUUUGCGAUCAGUGCAACAAGGGAUUUGAUCAUAAUGACUUCAGACAUCAUCCAUGUGAGGGUCGAAGAUGUCAUGCAUGCAAACAAGUAGAAUGUGGCGCAAAACCUGAUUAUCCCUUGCGUGAAGUACCCUGUUCUUCUUGUUGCCGAAAGUUUUACAGUCAGACGUGUUAUGACAUGCAUAAAGAGAAAAAGAUCUGCGACAGCCUUGUUCAAUGCCCUAUGUGUCGUAAGGAGUUUCAAACCUCAGCGUCAAAAGAACCUCACCAAUGCUACUUUGACAAAUGCUCCGUAUGCCAUGAAUAUGUAAAACUUACAGAACACAAAUGCUUUAUUCAACCUGUGGCAUCCAAAGAAGAUCAAAGAAAAAAAAAACCAAAGCAACCCUGAAACGCCAUAGAAAAAAAAAAAAUCCCUUGGCCUCGGUGUAUGAAGAACCUCCCAUCUUCGUCUACGCUGAUUUUGAAUCUAUGAUAGCGGAAGAUAACACACACAUCCCCGUAUUGGUCUGCGCCCUCACCUCUGAAGAUGAUACCUUCGAAACCUACUACGGGGAGAAUUGCACGGCCGACUUUCUGAACUUUCUCACCCAGCUCACCGAGGACAAAUAUGGCGACCCACGCGAGGUGAUAUGCAUUUUCCAUAAUUUAAAGGGGUACGAUUCUAUGUUUCUACAGCAUCAGUUGGUAAAGGAAGAAAGAAAGAUCGAGGACAUCAUCGCCAUAGGCACUAAAUGGUUAUCCUUCAAAGUGGGUCAAAUCACAUUCAAAGAUUCGUUCAGCUUCCUCCCGAUGUCACUCUCAGCCUUUACCAGUACCUUUGGUCUCACGGAACUCAAGAAAGGUUUCUUUCCUCACCUGUUCCACACACCUGACCAUCAAGAUUAUGUGGGAGCCCUGCCAGCAGCCUCCUGUUACGACCCAGAAAGUAUGUCCAAUUCUAAAAAAAAAAAGAAUUUCAAGUCUGGUAUGAAGAACAAGUGAAAAAGCAACACCCAUUUGAUCUCAAGCAAGAACUCAUAGCCUACUGCCAAUCAGAUGUCGCCCUUCUUAAAGCCGGCUGUCUUAAAUUUGUGAAUGAAUUCCAGUCCACUUCUGGGUUUGAUCCGAUGGAAAAAUGUGCCACGAUUGCGUCAGCAUGCAACAGAUAUUGGCGUAAAAAACAUCUUUCCAAGGAUACUGUGGCCGUUGAACCUGUAAGAGGAUGGCGUGGGGCACAAGUCAAUCAAUCAGAAGUUGCAUUAGAAUGGUUGAUGUGGCAGGAACAUCAGCUUGAAUCAGACAGCCCACGUAUCCAACAUGUUCGUAAUGGUGGGGAGAAGUUGAUACCCGCAGGGCCCCAGGCAUACCAUGUCGAUGGUUUUGAUAGCCACACAAACACUGUGUAUGAAUUUCAUGGCUGUUUGUUUCACGGGUGCAGACGUUGUCAUAAAGACCGCAAGAAAAUGGCGUUUUCAUCAGGCAGCUACACGAUGGAAGCCUUGUGUCAGCAGACGGAAGACAAAUGUCAGACACUCCGACAGAUGGGGUAUAAAGUGGUUCAAAUCUGGGAAUGUCAAUGGAAGGAGCAAAAAAAAGGCCUCAAAGGAAAUUCAAGAUUUUCUCAAGGAAAUCAAUCUUGUACCACAGCUCAAUCCGAGAGAUGCGUUCUUUGGAGGUCGAACUGGGGCGGCGUCGCUUUAUUACAAGGCCAACACAGAUGAAGGCGAGCAAAUCAGAUACGUCGACGUCACCUCAGAAUAUCCCUAUGUAAACAAAUACGGCACCUACCCCAUAGGUCACCCCGAAAUCUUUUUGGAACCAGACGACCAAGAUCCAGCCUCCUACUACGGUAUAUUGACAGUGGACAUUUUACCGCCUUAUAAUUUAUACAAUCCCGUAUUGCCUCUUCGACAUGGAAAAAAAACUGACGUUUCCAUUAUGUCGAAAAUGUGUGGAAGAUGAAAGUGCCAAACCGAUGUUGGGAAGAAAUUAUUAUUGUAGUCAUGGUGUGGAGGAUCGCAUGCUCACCGGUACUUGGUGUACACCCGAAAUCAUGAAAGCUGUCGAAAAAAAGGGUAUCAGGUUCUUCGCAUACACGAAGCAUGGCAUUUCCACCAGACCAAAGAAAGCAAGGUCUGUUUGCCCCGUACGUAG